AACGCUCCUCGCUGUCGUAAACUAGAGCUGAGAAAUCCAAACAACAACAGAGCCAACUGCGUGGGUUUUAAGUCGUUUUAGAUUUACCGGGACACCGACGGCAAUGGCAGCGUCUUCUUCGUCGUCCUCUGCGGGAGGAGUCAGCGGCAGCUCGGUGACUGGUUCUGGGUUCAGCGCCUCAGAGCUCAUCCCCCCGAGGAAAGUCCUGUACACGUAUCCUAAAGGCGCAGGUGAAAUGAUGGAAGACGGUUCCGACAGAUUUUUAUGCGAGUCUGUGUUCAGCUACCAAGUCGCCUCGACGCUGAAACAGGUUAAACACGAUCAACAAGUGUCUCGGAUGGAGAAACUUGCGAGCUUGGUGGAGGAGCUGGAAGCAGACGAGUGGCGGUACAAGCCGAUCGAACAGCUACUGGGGUUUACACCGUCCUAAACAGACGGAUGCCUUUGGUGAAUAAACCAGCCAAAUAGAAUGAAAACGGAAGGAGAUGUUUUAUUUCAGCUCGUAAAUGAUGGUCCCUCUUCCUGGGAUUAUUAUAUAUCUUAAAUGUAAAAUGUUAUCUGGAGAAUGUGAGAUGUAUUAUUUUGUCACUUUUACUAUUGUGUGUUUGCGUUUUUGAAAAGAAACGACACCUUGUUGUAUCCGACCCAGCGCACUGAACACACCCUCGUCAACAGAAAUCUUCUUGUAUAUUAAAAAUUGCACAUUUUAACAUUUUAUAAUAGAUUAUCAGCAGAUUUUCCGUCUGCUUUAGGGUGUUGAAGGCGAUCCUGUCACUUCAAUGUGCUAUCAGCCUCGAUGUAAAGGCAAAUAAUAUCUUUGGUAAUAAAUCCCUUGAAGUGAAGCAUUGUGUUUCCACAUGGAUGCACCGCGCUCAUAAAUCUGAAACCCUGCUUCCUCACCAGCCUCUCCUCCUCCUCCUCCUCCUCCUCCUCUCUCCGUCGGCCUCCACCGCUGCUCGCUGGAGCAAAACAAAGAGAGCUUGUAAAUAAAGUCAUACUUGGACAUUC